CUGGUUCACCGCAAUCAAUUGAACAUGCAACAACAACUACACAAGCUGAUCAACCCGUCUACCUCAAGUUAACAGGAAAAAGUUACGAACCAAAAACAUCAAAUAGUAAUUCAAAGGAUUCUUUGGUGGAGAGGAGUGGCGAUGGUGGUGGUGGUUUCUCGUACCACGGCAUGAUGAUGGCGAUGAUGGAGAAGAGGAAUGAUAGUAACGACCAUUCAGGGUUGUGGAGAGAUAGUGAGCUGGAAGAGAGAGAGAGAAGUUGUCCCGAUGGUGAUGAUAAUGAUGAUGUUGUUGGCCGUGGUGGUGGUGAUCAUCCUAACUCAAGAUUUAUUGUUGAUCCAGAUGCAACAAGCGAACUGGAAUAUGGCAGCUUGGGACCCCUGAAAAGAGAUAAGAAACAGAAAAGUUUGACCAAUCUUGUUGAUUCACUGUCCAACAGUCUAGAAAGUUUAAUGAGUGUGUACAGUGGUGCGGGUGAGGUCCAUUACGGAAAGAUCAUCGUUCGGGGGGAAGUCCAAAUUUCAUGUCUCUAUAAUGAAACCUCUACCAAGCUGGAUGUGACGGUGCACCAAUGCAAGGACCUCGCAGUUGUUAAUUUCAAGAAGAAGACUUCUAACCCAUACAUCAAAUGCUACUUACUGCCUGACAAAAGUCGGUUAAGUAAGCGCAAGUCUAACAUUAAGAAGGGCACCUUGAAUCCAAUCUUCGAUACAAUAUUUCACGUACCAGCUGGAACCAUAGAGCAAAGAAGUUUGGAGUUGAGUGUGUGGCAUGCAGACAAACAAGGAAGGAAUGACUUUCUAGGCGAGUGUGUUGUACAGUUGAACAGCCAGCAACUUGUCAACAUCGGGCAGCCUGUCUGGUUCAAACUUAAAAACAGGGUUUGCCUGCCGUCCAGUCCUCUCACAUACUACGGAGAUGUUGACGUCAGUUUAAAGUUUUUGUCCCGUGAGUCGCUCGAGAGUCACGUGAUUAGAUCUAGUGGACGCGGGGAGUUGCAGGUCCUCGUCAAGCAGGCCAGGAACCUGAGCACUGACAAAUCGAGCAAUUUAAAUGGCUCGUUCUGCAAGGCAACACUGAUGCAUCGCGACAAGAAGAAGAUUUUGAAAGAAAAAUCAGAUUUAGUGAGACCGAUCCGCAACACUUGCGUGUGGAACCAGACGUUCCUCUUCAAGGAUGUCUCGAGGAUGGAACUCAUGCAGGCCUGCCUAGAACUCACGUUUUGGGAUAAGGAUAAGAACUCAAAUGAUUUUCUUGGAGGUGUCAGACUCAAUACCGGACCGGGUAAAGCAGUCGGGCGGGAGCCUCCAUUGAAUUGGAUGGAUGGACGGGGGGAGGAGAUGUUGAUGUGGCAGUCCAUGAUUGACAGGCCGGAUUCCUGGAUUGAUGGAACGCUCAUGCUCAGGUCCACUAUGACAUCAAGGAAAUGA